AUGGGGGGGAUGUUUGGAGCGUGCCUGGCCGAGGUCGUCCCCGCCACAACAGGAGGUAGUCCAGUCGUCCAGGACCCAGGCGACUACCUCCCACUGCUCUCAGCCUUCAACGGCGUCACCACCCAUGGCUUCCACAACGCUGACGGCAGCUAUAAUUUCUCCUUCUCCAUCCCGCAGCAGGCCCGGCAGGAGGCCAGGGCUGUCGACGGCAAGGUCACCGGAUACUUCGCCUUCGUGGACAGGGUCGGGGAGGAGGUGUCUGUCCACUACGACGCCGACGAGGACGGGUUCCGUCCAGCGAGUGACGCACUCCCUCAGGUGCCCCAGGAGACGGAGGAAGUCUCCAAGGCAAGGCUACAGUUCAACAAGUACUUCGACCAGACGGAAAAGUUUCUCAAGGAGUUGGGGUCCUCUGGCGAAGAUGACUCCUCAUCCCAUGAAUCUGACGAAGACAUCGAUGAAGAUUCUGACGAAUCUGACGAAUCUGAUGAACUGGAGAGCACGAAUAAGAAGAUAAUAAGGGAAUAG